GGCACCGGCGGCUUUUGCACUCGCCCCGGCUGCGUCCCGCUAUAAAGGAAGCCUCCGCGGGCUCGGCUUCACAGCGCCUCCCGCAAGCUCCAGCGAUCAGUGUCACCUCUGUCCUCGGACUCCAGCCACCGUUCAGCUCGCCAUGGACCCCAACUGCUCCUGCGCCACCGGUGGUUCCUGCACCUGCGCCGGCUCCUGCAAAUGCAAAGACUGCAAGUGCACCUCCUGCAAGAAGAGCUGCUGCUCCUGCUGCCCCGUGGGCUGUGCCAAGUGCGCCCAGGGCUGCGUCUGCAAAGGAGCCUCCGACAAGUGCAGCUGCUGUGCGUGAUGCGUGAUGCGUGAUGGAGAGCCCGCUCCCGGUUGUAAAUAGAGCCACGUGUAUAAACCUGCAUUUUUUUGUACAACCCUGACCCGUUUGCUACAUUCCCGUUUUUAUUUCUAUGAAACACACGAAUGACAAUAAAAGUUGUUGGCUUUA